AUGUUUGCCGCGAGGCGCGUGCUCGCAGGCCCAAGCCCCGGCGUCUGCAGAAUCUAUCUGCCAACGUACCCCGAGCAUCAGGAACGACGCAUUCUUCGAUUUCCAGGAGUUGGAAGACCUAGAGGUUGGAAGAGAUUGAUUUCUCCUCAAGUCUGCAGCGAGUACUGCAAGAACGCAGUUCUUGCGGACAUGUUGAUUGCAACAUGUGAGGCAGGUGAGGUUGCAUUGACGCGCAGGUGUCCGGAUCAGGUCAAGAAGGCGACCAUCCUGUCGAACAUCGACGGCCCAAGCCCCGAACUGAUGGGCCAAACCAAGGAGGAAGCUACCAGAUGUCAACGUGCGAAAAAACGUGUCUUUAGCGCCAGGGACGAUGCCUUUUUCAACUUCGAAGACUUGGAGGAGCUGGAGCUGGAGGCUUGCGAUGAGUACUGCUUGCGGUAA